GUGAACGAGCUCCAGUAUACAUGUAGCUCCACAGUUUUUAGUGAACUAGCCACCCCACCCAGCUCGAGGUGAAACACGUACAGAGAGGUUUAAGGCCGACCAUCAGGCCAGCAGGGAGUACCGUCCUUUGACCUCCCUUGAAGAUCAGCCCAGGCGCUGUUGUUCAUCCGUUCACCUACACAGCUUCAAUUCAGGAAGCUGGCAAACGUCUUGCAGAGAACUGCAUGGUGACACUGUUCAGCUCAGCUGUAUAAAGUUGCUUCGUAUUGAUCAGCAUCGCUUGUCACUACACCCAUGGAACCUCAGUAUGAUGUCAUUAUCCUUGGGGCUGGUGUUAGUGGUUUGUCUGCAGCCAAGUUACUGCAUGCUGCAGGUCUGAAUGUCCUGGUGCUUGAGGCGAGGAGUCGGGUGGGUGGACGGACCUACACAAAACGGGAUCCUGCCUUUCAGUAUGCAGACAUGGGAGGCUCUUAUAUUGGCCCCUCCCAGAAACGCAUCAGUAAGCUUGCCAGUGAACUGGGAUUGAAUUUGCAUGGUGUCAACGACAAUGAGAGAUCCAUUUUUAUAGACAAGGGUAAGGUGAUCCCCUACAGGAAUUUCCCACGCAUUUACAAUCCCUUUGCUCUAAUGGACUUUGUCAAUUUCUGGAGGACGGUGGACGAAUUCUGCAUGCAGGUGUCCCUGGCUUCCCCCUGGGACUGCCCACGGGCUGCCGAGUGGGACAAUAUCACCACCCAGGAGUUCAUCGACAGGACCUGUUGGACGCGGUUUGCCAAGGCCAGCGCGGUUUCCAUGAUCCGCAUGACCUUUGCCAUCGAGCCCAGGGAUAUGUCCUUCCUCUUCUUCCUGUGGUACACUCGGAGUGGUGGCAAUGCUUAUACCCACAUGGCUACAAGCAACGGAGCACAGGACAGUAAGAUUGUGGGUGGGUCUAUGCAGGUAACUGAAAGGAUAGCAGACAUUCUGGGCCCAGAGCAUGUUAUGCUGAACAAACCAGUUUCCAAGGUUGUGCAGCACGAUGAUGGAUCUGUUGCUGUAACAACCCUUGGUGGCAGCAGCUACAGCUGUUCCUUUGUUAUCAGUGCCGUCCCCCAGGCUCUGAUUGGUCGGAUAACGUUUUCACCUCCAUUGCCCUCGCUGCGCAACCAGCUUGUUCAGCGAAUUCCUAUGGGAUCUUGUAUCAAGGUUCUCUUGUAUUACAAGACACCUUUUUGGAGGAAGUUAGACUUCUGUGGUGACAUGUGGGGCACAGACCUGCUGGCAGAAGGUCAUGAUGACACAAAGCCUGAUGGCUCGUAUCCAGCGCUGGUUGGAUUCUUAAAUGGGGACAAUGCCAGGAAGUACUGCAUGGAAACCCCAGAGAAAAGGGCCAACAUGGUUGCUGGAUUCUACGCAAGGAUUUUUAAAUCGGAUGAAGCACUCAAUCCAGUGGCCAGUGUGGAGCAGAACUGGAUGGCAGAACAGUAUUCAGGGGGCUGUUACAUGGGAGCCAUGCCCCCCGGAGUGCUGACGACACUGGGCAAGGUGAUCCGGACACCCUUUGGCAGGUUGUAUUUUGCCGGCACAGAGACGGCCACCAGGUGGAGUGGAUACAUGGAUGGCGCUGUGCAGGCUGGCGAGAGAGCUGCCAGGGAGGUUCUGUGUGCAAAAGGCAUGCUGCGCCAGGAUGAGAUCUGGGAACCGGAACCAGACCCUGAGAAUGAUGGCGUAACCUACAACCCCUUUGCCAACAGCCUUUUCCUUCGCGUGGUGCCUUCUGUCCCAACCUUCCUGAAGCUCACCGGAGGGUCAUUGGCCCUAGGUGCUGUCACCUCGCUGCUUUAUCUCCACAGAUACAGGCUGAUGUACUUCUUUCACCACUAGAGGUAUUUGCUGUACUCUGACUGAUCCAUAGUCAGGGAACAGACCUGUAACAUAAAGACAUCAUGCUUUGCUUGCCUGUGCGCUUCAAUUAGUAGGGAGAUGGGAGGAAGCCCACAGAAAAAUAAAUCAUGACUGUCAUUAUUUUAGAUCUGUUGAUGGUGCAACACAUUGCACUGAGCUCCUCAACUUUUUAUACUUUGUACAUUUUUUUGUUCCAAUGCAAUAGGAAUCAUUUAAAAUUUGGAUGUAGAGGUGAAAGACUGUGAUAUAAAUUCUUGAGCAGUGUUCAGACUUGACAAAUUGGACUUCAGUUUCUGCCUAGUAAGGAAUGGACGUAAGACAUCCAUGUUUAGUUAUCUCAUUAUUAACCAGAUUGCAAGGACCAGCCUAGUUGAUGUACAUGGAGCAGAUCCUCGUCAAAAAUACUGUAAAAACAAAGACAAAAGAAUUCAAGAGAUUUGGAAUUUUUAUUUGUGGUGUAUUGAGUAAUGUUGGCUUGAGGUAAAAAUUAAUGUUGGUUUUGGGCCAAGGUUUCUGUGGUAAAUGAUGGAGUUAGUUGAAUUUAUUAGCAAUGGGAGUAAAAAAGACAUGUACCCAAAUUAUGAAGUGCAGCAAAUGCAGGGAAAUUUUGAAAAUUUAUGACAAAUUUAUUUUAUUUUCAAACAUCUGUAUCUCAUAUGUAUAACAAAAUGAGAAAUAAAGUCAUGUGGUAUAAAAAAUGAUUAGAAAUAUUUUUAUUUGUAAUAAAUGGUUUGUACAGAAUCUAGCCUAUGGAACUAAUUUCAGUACACAAUGGAAAACCCAGCAGAUGCAAUUACCAGUAUGUAAUUUGCCUCUUAAAAAGCCUUCAUAAAAAAUUGAUUACAUCAUAUAAUUGGUUAUAAAAAUAGAUUUCUAUGGAAAAGCAUAUUGAAAAUUGGCAAAUGUGGUAUUUUACAGUCAUAAGUCAUAUGUGUCCAUAAAAAUGACAUGAAUUUAACCCUCCCUCCUCCACAUCCAGUGAAACUGAGUUGACGGAACAUUGUAUUCUUUAGCUUUGCAUCUCAGUAGAUCAAGUAAAAUGACUGGCCAAACUGUACUGCCUAUAAUUACAUGUACAUGUGUAAGUACUGCAUUUAAGUAUCAAACAUUAAUAGCAACUUUGUACCUCAAAGCUUACAUACGCAGUCACUGAUUAAGCAACUUACUGAAGUUGAUCCUGAAAACAACCAUAAGUACAUGUACAUUUAAAAUGUGAAGAGGACUGUAAAUGGGCUCUUGAGUACAAAUGCCCCAACAGUGGAAA